AUGACCUUUCAACCAACACUUUACUUCCUGAGCACGGAUCUGGCCAUCAUUGCAGAUAUGGAUCAGAGCGCAGUGUGUGCGGGAUGCCACCGGAACAUCACAGACAGAUUCCUGCUCAGAGUCACUGGCGGCCUCUGGCACGAGGAGUGUGUGCGGUGCGCGGCUUGCGGGGACGCGCUCACGAGCUCCUGCUUUCUGCGGGACCGCAAACUUUACUGCAAGCGGGACUACUACGAUCUGUUUGCAGUGUGUUGUGGGGGCUGCUCGGAGGCCGUCUCUCCCGCGGAGCUGGUGCUGCGAGCGGGCGCCGCUGUGUUCCACCUGCGCUGCUUCACCUGCAGCGUUUGUUCCUGCCGCCUGCAGACCGGAGACCGCUGUGUCCUCAGGGAGGGACGGCUACUGUGUGCCAGAGAGGACUAUCACCAGUGUGUGGCCAGCCCGACCUCCUCCGACACAGGUAGAAGUGAGGAGGAGGAAGAAGAAGAAGAGGAGGAGGAGGAAUCUGGAAGGGUUACACACAGACGAGUUAGAUCAGAAGACCUGGACAGCAAACGACCCAAAAGGCCACGCACCAUUCUGACAACUCAACAAAGACGGACCUUUAAAGCCUCCUUUGAGGUCUCGUCCAAGCCCUGCCGAAAGGUAAGGGAGACCUUGGCAGCAGAGACUGGUCUGAGCGUCCGGGUUGUGCAGGUCUGGUUCCAGAACCAAAGGGCCAAAAUGAAGAAGUUGGCCAGGAGACAGCAGCAGCAGCAGGAGCAGCAUCAAACCCAGGAGCAGCGAGAGCAUCCAUCACACCACACAGCGCCCUCCUGUGGCGGUUUGACAUCUGAGCUGGAGCACCUGGGGUCCUCCUUUACCCACGUUCAGCAGCAUCAGCAGAUGGGCCUCACCACGCUGGAGCCGCAGGACUAUGACAUGGACCCCUUCAGACAGGGCCUGACCCCUCCUCAGAUGCCGGGGGAUCACAUGCACCCCUACGGUUUUAAGGGUCUGUAUGGCGACAUGGACAGAGACCCUCUGUGUCAUGUGGCUGACAGCGACUGCCUGUCCCUGGGUGACUCCUCUCUGCUCACCCCCAUCGACCGCCUCUACUCCAUGCAGGACUCUUACUUCACCUCCUGAGGUUGAAGGGCGGACUCGGCGACUCUCCCUCACUCUGCGUCGCUCUCCACUCACAUCUGUCGAUGCCGUGAACAAGGUCGUUGAAGAAGUGGUUUGCGGAAUCCACGCCGAAGCUGGACGUGGGUUCACGGUGAUACCGUGCAAUAUACUGUACCACGUGCACGUACACAUGACGACACUACUGCCUCUUACGCUUUACAAUCCCACCGUACGACACAGGCUCCUGUGCAUGCACGGUACUGUCGGACCUCUCUCACUAUGUCUGAAUGUUAGAUUAUGAUAUUAGUACUGCGUCUACAAAUGUAAAUAACUCUUUGGGUGUGUAUUUGUAUUUAUUCUCACAAUGUAUGUGUGUGUGUGUAUGCUGUUCAUCUUGAAUGAAUCAACGAGGAUCAAUAAAUAAUGGUUGUGAAACGUUGAA